AAGCAGAGGCGGAGACUGACCCGGAAAUAGUUUUAUUUGAGGCGGUUUAGACCCGGAAGUGGCGCCAUCACCAGCGACGUUCAGUCAGCGUGUUAGCAGACCUGCUACCUGUUUUAUCUGUCAGAGUUGUAACAGAGGAUAAAACAAAAUGAGUCUUUUGAAUAAGCCAAAGUCGGAGAUGACCCCUGAGGAGCUGCAGAAGCGUGAGGAGGAGGAGUUUAACACCGGGCCGCUGUCUGUCCUCACGCAGUCCGUCAAGAACAACACGCAGGUGCUGAUCAACUGCCGCAACAACAAGAAGCUGCUGGGUCGAGUCAAAGCCUUCGACAGACACUGUAACAUGGUCCUGGAGAACGUAAAGGAGAUGUGGACUGAGGUGCCUAAGAGCGGAAAGGGAAAGAAGAAGUCCAAACCAGUGAAUAAAGACCGUUACAUCUCCAAGAUGUUCCUGAGAGGAGACUCGGUCAUCGUGGUGCUGAGGAAUCCACUGAUCACCGGCAAAUAACUUGUAUACUCUGAAGCGCGCACAUUCUCACACACACACACACACACACACACACACACACACACACACACACACACACACACUGCUCUCAGUGAGAGACAUGGUGUGUGACAGUAGUACUGAUUGUGUCACUUUGACUGGUUUGUGUUCUGAAUAAAUGUUUUGUAUUUACAGUCA